AUGGCCGCCUCCACCGCCCAGUGCCGAGUGACAAAAGCGGACGGGAGGGCGGCGGCGGCGGCGGGACCGCGCGGGGGGGCCCGGGAGCGCGCGCCUGCGGGGGGGCCGCCCCCGUCCCUCUCCCCGUCCCCUUCCCCUUCCCCGCCGCCUACGCCGCCGCCGACGCUGCUCCCGCCGCCACCGCUGCCACUGCCGCCGCCGCCGCCGCUGAGGGACGGGCCCGAGCCGGGGCCAGGAGCUGGAGCAGGAGCAGGCCCGGGCCCGGGCCCGAGUCCGGGCCCGGGCCUAGGCCUGGGGGCUGUACCGGUCCUGGCCUCUGAAGAAGAAGAGAUGGUGGCUGUGGAGCUGGCCCCACCCCCACUCCCAAAGAAGAGUGCUCUUCCCCCCGGGCAGCUAGAGCAUGUCACCAGCAGGUUGGGUAACAAGAUGUCUCCAGAGGUCCCCCAUGGGAGCAAACAAGAGCUCCCAGAUCUCAAGGCUCAGAAUCUGACAACAUGUGAGGUGUGUGGUGCUUGUUUUGAGACCCGAAAAGGCCUUUCCAGCCACGCGCGCUCCCACCUGAGGCAGCUGGGUGUGGCUGAGUCUGAAAGUAGCGGAGCCCCCAUCGACCUGCUGUACGAGCUGAUGAAACAGAAAGGAAAACCUGACAGCAGCCCCAUGCCCCUACCCUUGGCCAAGAAAUCCGGCUCCCCAAAGGAGGCAGCUGUUGCCUCUCCCCGCCCAGCCCUGCUGGCCCUCAGCAAGGCAGUUGACAGACCCCCUGACACCCCGAUCAACAAGGCCAUCAAGUCACCCCCUGGCUUCUCAUCCAAGGGCCUUUCCCACCCACCAGGCUCCCCUCUCCUCAAGAAGGUGCCGCCUGCCUUGUCGGGGUCCCCCCCACCCAAGAACCCUGAGGACAAGAGCCCCAAGCUGCCCCUGAGCCCCCUGUCAGGCUCCCCGAAGGCGCAGUGGCCCCAGCCAGAGGAUGAGGGGCCCCUGAACCUCACUUUAGAUAGUGAUUCGGGCAGAGAGCUUGAUUGCCAGUUGUGCGGGGCCUGGUUUGAGACCAGAAAGGGCCUGUCCAGUCACGCCAGAGCCCACCUGCGCCACCUGGGGGUGAGCGACCCGGAUGCCAAGGGAUCCCCCAUAGACGUGCUUCACGAGCUCAUCAAGAGCGACGGCUUCCAGACCCGCCUCCCAGCAGAGCGGGAGGUGCUGGCAGAGCCUGGGCGGUCUGGCCUUUCGGCCCUCCGGCCCUCGGCCACGGCUCUCUCACUGCUCUCCCCCCCGCCCGCCAAGAAGCCCAAACCGAGGGCGUCGGGUGAGGCCAGCCUUCGGGGGAAGCAGGAUCUCUCUGCCAGCAUAUUCUGGGCCUCAGACGUGGAGCUGUCUCCUCUCAAUCUCUCUUCAGGCCCAGAGCCAGUCAGGGAUAUCCGCUGUGAGUUCUGUGGCGAGUUCUUUGAGAAUCGCAAAGGCCUAUCAAGCCAUGCACGCUCUCACCUGAGACAGAUGGGAGUAACAGAGUGGUACGUCAACGGCUCACCCAUUGACACCCUUCGAGAAAUCCUAAAGCGCCGGACCCAGCCUCGGGCUGGAGGACCUCCCAACCCAACUUUGCCAGGGCCAAAAGGCCUGGCCAAGGCAAUGGGUGGGGGCCCUGGUGGCUCCCUGGAGGCCCGCAGUGCUUCAGACCUGCAUGUACCUCCUCCUCCCAAGAAGCUGCAGCCAUCUAGCAGCCCCAUGGGCCACUCGCCUACCACCUCUCCACCCCCAACUGCUCGGAAGAUGUUCCCUGGUCUGCCACCUCCCUCCCUCCAGAAGAAACUGAAGCCUGAUCAGAUGCGGAUGGAGAUCAAACGAGAGAUGUUGGCUGGAAGCCUGCACAGUGAAGGCCAUCCAUCUGAUGGACCCUGGUCACCUCGUGAGGACAUGGCACCCCUGAAUCUAUCUUCCCGGGCUGAGCCAGUCCGAGACAUCCGCUGUGAGUUCUGUGGAGAGUUCUUUGAGAACCGCAAGGGCCUAUCAAGCCAUGCACGCUCCCACUUGCGGCAGAUGGGGGUGACCGAGUGGUCAGUCAAUGGUUCACCCAUUGACACUCUGCGAGAGAUCCUGAAGAAAAAGGCCAAACCAUGUCUCAUUAAGAAGGAACCUGCUGCAGGCGAACUGCCCUCUCCCCUGGGUGAGGAUGGGCCCAAGUCUCCUGGGAAAGUGCUUCAAGCCCUUUCUCUGACCCCUUUGGCUGGUCGUCCAGGCAAACCUGGGCCUGGCUCAGCCAACCUGCCCCGGGAGAUGAGCCUCUCACCCCUUGCCACCAAGCCAUCUGCUGGUUUCCUCACCCCCAUGGCAGCAAAACGGCCACUGCCUGAGGAUCGACUUCUCUCUGGAGAAAUGAAGCCCAAGACCUAUAUACAGACAGAGCUGCCCUUCAAGACCAAGACCAUUCAUGACAAAAGCUCACACACUUCUAGUGAGGCCUGCUGUGAGCUAUGUGGCCUCUAUUUUGAGAAUCGUAAGGCCCUGGCCAGCCAUGCUCGGGCUCACCUGCGACAGUUUGGGGUGACAGAAUGGUGUGUAAACGGUUCCCCAAUUGAGACCCUGAGUGAGUGGAUCAAGCACAGACCCCAGAAGGUGGGGGCCUACCGAAGUUACAUCCAGGGUGGCCGACCCUUCACCAAGAAGUUCCGUAACUCAGGCCAUGGCCGCGAUGGGGACAAAAGAGUGCCCCUUACCUUGGCUCCCAACAGCCUCACCCUGGUGAACAAGAAUCUGGGUGGUGAACUAGGACCUGGGGAAGCUGGCCGGACUGGAGAUGGUGGUGGACCCCUGGCAUCCUCACCUCUGGCUUUGGUGAAGGCAGAAGAACACCAACGUCAGAAUAUCAAUAAAUUUGAGCGCAGACAAGCUCGACCUUUGGAUACAACCUCAUCUCGGGGUGAGGAGGCCAGUGACUUCCAGCAGAAGCUGGAAGAAGUACGACAACCACCACCCAGAGUAAGACCUGUCCCCUCACUGGUCCCCCGCCCUCCUCAGACAUCUUUGGUGAAGUUUGUGGGCAACAUCUACACCUUAAAAUGCAGGUUCUGUGAAGUCGAGUUCCAGGGCCCCCUCUCCAUCCAGGAGGAGUGGGUACGGCACCUCCAGAGGCACAUCCUGGAAAUGAACUUCUCCAAAGCAGAGCCCCGGCCUGUGGAGCCUGAGGCCCCUGAGGCACAGACAGUGGCAGAGGCUCAGUAAUGGGAGGCAGCGUGAAGCAUUCCAGAGCCACCUCUCUUCCUUUCUCUCUCUGUUGGUUUCACCCUUUCUCUCUUCACCAACCUCCUCUGUUCCGUUUUCAAAGGAGCAAGUCACAACCUCAACACUCAGGCCCAGGCCAAGACCCUGGUGCCCUAAGCGUGAACACUACAGAUGAUGACGAGUUGUUUUCCUAGCCUCCCCUUCCUCCUUCCCUUCCUCUCUUCCUUGGGCUUGGGACUACCCUAACCAGGGGACAAUAGUGCAAAGAGGACAUUUCUCCCCACGGGUUCUAGGGCAAAACUCAUACCCAUGAGCACUCAAGUCUUGCUUAUGCUAGGAGGGAGAGAGGUGGCUUGCUUCUUUCUGUAUGUGGCCAAGCAGAUUAGAAAUCUGCAGAGGGCCAAAGAGGAUAGUUCCUCUGUUGGGACCCUGGAGGGCUAAAGUGGGAGCUAGGCAGUCUGUCUCCACUCAGUUAAUUGUGUGUAGACUCCCAAAGCCCUUAUCUGUUUGCUGCCUCAAGCACCAGGUGGUUAAUAAUAACCACAUGGUUCCUCUUUUGCCCCAGGUUGGCUGCAUGAUAGUCCUCAGUACUUCUGACCUCUCCCCAAACCCCUAAACAUCCCACCCUCCACACACUCCCAGGGCAUCUUGUUUCAUGGGGGAAUAUGCCCUUCCCUACUUUCUUCCCUUCUUCCCUUUUUACCUCUCUACCCCAACUAGAUGCCCAAUCAAAUGAGUGCAUCAUUCCCACGGUGCUUGCUCCAGGGCCCUCUGAUGCCUGGUAUGGGGGCCAGCGUUGGCCUCUGGCCUUCCACAAUGCCAGGCUGGGGAGCACUGAUAGCCUAUAAUGCCACGGAAAUCACUGGUGGCCCCCAAGCAGCCUGAGGCCCUAAGAGGGAUUUUCCCUGAGAAGAAUUUCGCUCAGAGCUGACAGCUUUCUCCUGCCAAGUCAUGUCCCCAAAGAUCAGCAGGGGGUACUUUAGAACCCCCCCACCCCCACCCCCACUCUCCCUGGGAUGGGACUCUGUUCCCCCCUAUCUCAUCCCCCUCUUUCACUAUUGCUUUUUAUGUAUAGCUUCCUAGACCUUCCACUUUUUUAAACUAGUUUUGUGUAGAGAAUAAGGAGCAUUGAUUUUUAUUUUGGAGUCCUGGGCCAAGUAAAGCCGGGAGGCAAUUGACCUUUUAACUUUUUUCAGUGGCCACAUUCUGGUUAUUAAUGUACCUAGAAGUAUGUAAAUUAGAUUAAAUUUCUCUUCUGGAAACACAUCUGGGUAGCUGGAGGUGUGUGUGGGUGGGUGUGUGUGGAUGUGUGUGUGGAUGUGUGUUUUUCUAUAGGGGUGGAAAAAGGAAACAUACCAAGGUCCUUUAUAAGCUAGUAGACCCUCACUUGAUCUGAGGGUUGACUUCUGCUAGAGGACAAGAAAGACUUCAUUGCUUGGGAAUUGCAGCUGAUAAUCUUUUCUAGAGAUGGAUUAGAAUUGGAUCCAUAUCCCUAGAGGUCUUUGGAAUUGCUAGGGGCCAUUUGAGAUUUGAAAGAGCAGCUGUAGUUUUCUGAGCAAUGAGGGGCAAUGCCCAGAGGGUUUCUGUGCUAUAGAAAUGCCAUCACUUUGGCAGAAGGGAUUUGGCCAGUGGAUACAAGAGCUGUGGUUACUUCACUUGGAAGAAGGAAACACCUCACCCCCUAGGGGGUUUAUCGGAUUCAAAAGCCAAGUGCUGAAAAUGAAGUUAGCAUUUUUGACUUGAUAAAAGAAAACAUUUUCUAACAAUCAGAGCUAUGCAGCAAUGGAUGGAAAUGGAAAGAAGUAACAAGCCUGACAUCCCAGAGGUGAGAGAACAGCCUGCAUCCCUGCAUAGUGGAAAGAACACUGGAUUUGGAACCCCAGCCCUGCUGCCUAUUACCAUUAUGACCUUGGGCAAGUUACAGUCCUACUUUAGACCUCAGUUUUUAAUCUUUAUUAGCACUGUACUUGGCACUUAGUAAGCCCUAAAUAAAAGCUUUUCAUUCAUAUGUAAAA